AUGAAGUGCCUCUCACAAGAUAAAUUAGGAACGAAGAAGAUGAAAUUAUUAGUCACCCAGACCUCGAUAGCAUCUGUUGUCCUCAUAACAAUAAUAUGUUUCUCUUAUAUGCCUAAAAAUCGAAUAUCUACUGACCUGCAAGCAACACAUCCAUACAUAUAUGCAUACAACGAAAAAAUAUCCACAUCCUUAUAUGAUAUACAUAAUGAAUACACCAAUGUUUUGAAACCAUAUUGUAUAGAAAAAUAUUCGACUGCUUUAUCCUGUACCAAGGAUUUAUAUGCUAAUUCAAAAAUUGAAUCAUAUUGUAAUUCUACAUGGGAUCAAAUAAUGGAAUAUUAUCAUAUGCUCAUGGAUAAGAUUGUUUUACCAAUCAUGAAAAGUAUUUUACAUUUCAUGAAGACAAAUAAAUUAUGCUGUAAAUGUCAUCGUAAAUUAGGUCCCAUUUUACAACAUUUAAGAAUAAUAUUAUAUUAUUCUAAAUAUUAUUCGAAGAUAGCUAAGGAUAAUAUCAAUCAAAGUUUCGAAGAUUUGAAAUCAAAAUUCAUUGUCACUGAUCCAAACGAAUGGAUGACUAAUAAUGGUACUUUCAUUGAUUUAACAACGAAGACUAAUUUUGAAUAUAAUGAAGAGGAGGAUGAAGAUGUUGAUGACGAAGAUAUCGAUCAUCUCUUACCUGUUAAAGAUUCUAUUAUUAUUAAUGAUAAUGAAGUUAUUAUCCCCUCAAAUAGAUUAAGUCCACGUCAAUUAUACGAUUAUAAGAAAGAUUUAAUGAAUAAGAAAAAUACACUUGAUCUGGACGAUAUUAAGGAAAGACAAAUAGCAUUAGAAAAUGAAUUUAAUGCUUGGAGUAAAACGAUCACUACAAAAACCGCCAAUGUGGUGAGUACGUUUCAAAAUGAUAUCAAAUUUGCAGUUCAAUCAUAUCAAGAAAGAACUCAUUCAUUAAUCUCUGAUAAAUUGAAACGUAUCUCUGAAUUAAUAGAGGUAGCUGCUAAAGAUCUUGAACAAUAUAUUGCAAACAUUCAUUGUGUUUCUAAGAUUGAUGCUACAUCUGGAGAAUUGAUUUACUUUGAUAAAUCAGGUGAAUACCAAUUAGCAGAAUAUAUUACACGACCUUUAUUGGAUAAAAAAUUUAUAAAUAUCAGUUCCACUACUGAAAUGACAAUUAAAGACAUUGAAGAUAAUAUUUUAAAUCCAUUUGGAAAUAAUAUAAAUGAAUUAUAUAAAAAGAUUCAUUGCGAACAUAUUGAAGUCUAUGAAGAAUGGGGAGAUGUAAUGAUUACAGAAUGGUCUCAUAGAAUGGCUCAAUUAGAUAUCAUUGCUGAUCAAAUAUUAGAUGAUCCAUUGUAUGAAAACUCCACUAGUAAAUGGCAAUUUUUCUUACAAUUAAAGAAAUUGGUGAUUGCCACAAGAGAUAUAUUAAUUAAUGAAAAAUUUAACAUGGAUGAGCAAAUAAAUGAUUUCAUAACUGAUAUGAAACAUCUGAUAGUUGGUACACAACAAAUGUGUAAUGGUACGUUACAAAGACUGCGAUACUCAGCAGACGUAGAAUUUAGUGAACGUGAGAAUCGAGAACGUGAAGAAUCAUUUAAAGAAUUCAAAGAAAAAGUUGUGACAAAUGAAAAUCUCUUGAAUAUCGUUGAUAAUCAUGAUAAUAUUGAAACAAUUAAUGGUAAAGAGAAACUUGCAGGUGACAUGAAUGGAGCUACGAUACUUGACUUGGAAGAUGACGCGCUGGAUGAUGAUUACAUUGACCAAAUCGGUAAAAAUUUACUAUAA